GCCACUCUGCCCUCUAUUUACUAACAAAAUUACCUGUUCUUGGCCGCACUUGCAAAUCAAUUAAGCCACCAUAAAUGGCAAUGCAAUAAAUAAUUGUGCGCUUAACUAAUGACCCAUCGAUAAACGGAGUUGUUAAGUACUGCGACGAGCAGAAUAGCGAACAGCUGGCUCAGACGGAGACGGAGACACAUUCCGAUGCACUUUCUCCCGAAGAAAACCCGUCGAGCGGCUUAUUUGACAUCCAUUUCGAUAUCAAUACAGAGAAAUAGAGAGAAAUAGCGAGAAAUAGAGGCCACAGCAACAGCCACCUGUGUAGCGACAACAGCCGCUGAGCUGCAACAACAACAACGAAAAGUUGAUUGCCAUCGUCUUGGCCACUUUAUUGGGCAUUAUAGCAGCAGUCAGUCACAUACCGCCCGUUCUCGAGUUCGCCACGAUUUCUUAAACUGUUUGCGUUUGCAGAGCACAGCACUCCAAAGAAUUUGAAAUUUGCAUAUCUAGAACCGGAGAGGUAUAUGCAGAGAUUCAGACUGGGCGUAGCAUGUUCAGCGAACUGAGUCAGCCGCCUUGAAAUUCUGCGCUAAAAGUGAGUUUCAGAAGAUACCAGUUGUGACUCGAAUUUCUAAUGCCUUAAGUGGAUCAUUUAGCAAAACAGGAUGGCUUCGAUUGUGGAGAAAGUGCGUCGCAUUUUGGAUUCAAAAGAUCUGGGCGACAUCACUACGGAACUCUGUGACUUUUCUCUAAAGGAACAGAAUGCCACCGCCGAGGCCCAGGGUGUACAGCCCUCAUCUGCAUCCGAUUUUGUGCCCAUUCUUGGCCAGACAGUCACCUAUAUUGUGGCCUGUGUGUUGAUCAACGAGCACGAUGAGCUGCUUAUGAUCGAGGAGGCCAAACAGAGCUGCGCCGGCAAGUGGUACUUACCCGCCGGUCGCAUGGAAAGGGGCGAAUCCAUCACGGAGGCAGCCGCCCGGGAAGUUUUCGAAGAGACUGGUCUGAAUGCCGAGCUGACCACUUUACUAGCGGUGGAGGCCGCCGGUGGCUCUUGGUUCCGCUUUGUACUCACUGGACGCAUCACAGGCGGGCGACUCAAAACUCCGGCGGAUGCAGACGCCGAAUCCAUUCAGGCGAGAUGGGUGCGUAACCCCAAGGAAGUGCCGCUUCGAGCCAAUGACAUACUGAGUAUAAUUGAGAUUGGAAGAGCCUAUCAUGAGGGGCAAAAGAUUGUCAUUAGCCCUUCACCCUGGCACGGAAGCAUACUGCCCACACGCUUCUCCCACAAACGAAACUAUCUGCGGGUUCUUGCUGUAGCCAGAAAGCGAGCACACAACUCUUUAAACAUCCUGGUCAGCGAAAAGAACGCCCACCACUUUCCUACCGUGGAACUGCAUCCGAAUCGCAGCCUGCACUCUACGCUGCGCAAGUUCAUGAUUGAGAUUUUUGGCGCGGAGCUGCCACAGCAUCGACCACAUGGCCUACUAAGCGUGGAACACUUGCCGUCGGAACAGGAGAACACUGAUGGAAUAUGCCUAAAUCUGCUUGUGGCUUUCCGGCCGCCACUCGAGGAAAUCUCGCUGAUCGGCAAAUGCAUUUGGCAGGAACUGGGCGCACCACUUGACGAGAUGCUGGGACGCAUUGUCAGCAGCAAGAACGCAUCCAUUCCGCUAAAUGUGGUGCGCUGAAGGCCUUAACUAGAGUAAUCUGUCCUUAUUUAUGGUGCAAGCAAUCUAUCCGUUGUUAGUUGCAAUUAAAGAUAGCUGAUGUCUGCCAGAUGUCUGACUGUAAGGCAAAUAUGUUUCCCCUCUUUGGUGCUAAAUAGUGCAUUACUUAGAUAAGUCUCUGCGAGUCUGUCAUUAAA